UAGAGGGAGAGGGAAUUGGUGGUUCGGUGAUGUCAAUCCCUCACGUGCAACGAGUUUCCUUGGCGCUCUCUCUCUCUGCAGUGACAGUGUCUUAGUAGGAAUACGACGCGUACAUGAGCAACCGUAGCGGCUUAAUAAGAAAGACAGAAAUCAAAAGAAAAGCGAAGCCAGCCAGAGACACGGGGAAAGCAAAAAGAGCGGUUUACUGGUGAGCUUGCAUCUCUCUGUGUUAUACGCAUUUGCAGGUAGCCAGAUACUGAAAUAAUUAUAGAUAUAUUGGGCUCCCACGGCCUAAGUAGUUUCACACUGCGAACAACCUAACGAGUAAUCCUUCAAAAUCUUUAAUAAUAAUAAUCAAUAAAAAAAAAUUCUAUUGUUAAACGUGAGGGUGAGGGGGAGGAGGAAGGAAGGUGGAGAAGUGAGGAAAUGAAAGGUGGGGGUGGCGGUGGGGGUGGAGGAGUAGCUCCCGCGAAGCGCCGAUGGAGAGGUCUGGCCAUUGGCGUCCUCUUCCUUGUGGUUCUCUCAAUGCUUGUUCCCCUUGGAUUCUUGCUUGGUCUACACAAUGGCUUUCACUCCGCAGCAGGAAUCAUGCCUCUUCAACACACUUCAUCUCCAGGGGAUCGUUCAAGCCAUAUAGAUAGCCUUGUGAGAAAAUUAGGACCUACUCUACAAAAGGAUAUUCUUAAAGGCUUUAUAAAUGAAGCUAAAAACGAAACCAGCAGUACAAAUGUCACACCUAAAAAUCAGCAGAGAAAAGGUAUUCCAGUUCCGCCUCAAGUUUUGCUGCAACCAUUAACCAUAAAUAUUAGUAGCAUUAGUGAUAAAGCUGGAAUGAAAGGUCAUGUUGAUGAAAGUGAGGGAUUAUGUGAGUUGAAAUAUGGUAGCUACUGCAUUUGGCAUGAAGAAAAUAGGGAAGAAAUGAAAGAUUCCAAAGUGAAGAAAUUGAAGGACCAGCUUUUCGUAGCCAGGGCAUAUUUUCCUAGUAUUGCAAAAGUCCCAGCCCAGAGCAAGUUGUCUCGUGAACUGAGACAAAAUAUUCAAGAACUAGAGCGUGUCCUUAGUGAAAGUACGACAGAUGCUGAUCUUCCACCAGAGAUUGAGAAGAAGUCACGAAGGAUGGAAGCUGCAAUAGCCAGAGCGAAAUCAGUCUCUGUGGAUUGUAAUAAUGUUGACAAGAAAUUGAGACAAAUAUUUGACCUGACUGAGGAUGAAGCUAACUUUCACAUGAAGCAGAGUGCCUUUCUUUACCAACUUGCAGUGCAGACAAUGCCCAAGAGUCUGCACUGCCUGUCUAUGAGACUAACUGUUGAAUAUUUCAAAGACCAUUCAUUUGAUAAGGAGCUGCCUGAGAAAUUUUCCGAUCCCACAUUGCAACACUAUGUUAUAUUCUCUAAUAAUGUCAUUGCAUCAUCAGUUGUUAUAAACUCAACUGUUAUGCAUGCAAGGGAGAGUAUGAACCUGGUUUUUCAUGUGCUGACUGAUGGACAGAAUUACUUUGCGAUGAAACUGUGGUUUCUCAAGAAUACUUUUAAGGAUGCUGUAAUUCAGGUGUUGAAUAUUGAACAUCUUAAUUCAGAAUACUACGAUAAAGCAACUCUAUCUCACCUCACCUUACCUGUGGAGUUUCGAGUUUCCUUUCACAGCAGUGAUAAUGCACCGGCAAUCCAUGAUAGAACGCAAUACCUAUCUAUUUUCUCUCAUUCUCAUUAUCUUCUUCCUGAGAUUUUUAGAAACUUGGAAAAAGUUGUGGUUCUGGAUGAUGAUGUCGUUGUCCAGCAAGACUUGUCAGCUUUACGGAGCCUUGACAUGGCAGGGAAAGUGAUUGGUGCUGUCCAAAUUUGUUCAGUGAGGUUGGGUCAGCUGCGGAGUUAUUUGGGCGGAAGCAGCUUCGACAAAAAUUCAUGUUCCUGGAUGUCUGGAUUGAAUGUAAUUGAUCUUGUAAUGUGGAGAGAGCUAGGCAUUUCUGAAACUUACUGGAAGUUGGUGAAAGAGAAGGUCAGCAUGAAAGAGGGAUCAGCUUUGCUUGCAAGCUUGCUUACUUUUCAGGAUCUAGUAUAUGCUCUUGAUAGUGUGUGGGUUUUAUCGGGCCUUGGUCAUGACUAUGGGCUUAAUAUUGAAGGCAUCGAGAAAGCCGCAGUGUUGCACUAUAAUGGAAAUAUGAAACCUUGGCUUGACCUGGGAAUUCCCAAAUACAAGGCCUACUGGAAGAAGUUUCUGAACCAAGAAGAUCAAUUUCUAAGUGAGUGCAACGUAAAUCCAUAAAGAGCUGGUGGUCAGGUUGACUCUUUGAAUCCUUGGAAAAUUGAGGGCUCAAGGAACUAGGUGCUGAGAAUUUUGACAUUGAGCUAGAUUUUUGAAGGGUGUUAGAUGGCAACAAAGUGUAGCUGGUGAUGGAACUUGGUGCAGAUAUUUCUGAUAUUUUUCAGUAAAUAAAAGGAGUGCAGCAAAACCUUGGGAUUGAGUUCCCUGGAGGUGGCUACAGUUGCUAGGGCAAAAGAUGGAUUUGGGGUUUUCAAGUGAUUGUUGGAGAAUGCAGAGAGUGAUAGGAAGAGCUUCAUUGUCUGCUUCUAGCAUUAUCUGGUACAGUGAAUUAAUGCGAGAAACCUUGACAAAAUAAAAUAUACAGAGAAGGUUGUGAUUUGCAUGUCCGUUCCAAGGAUUUUCAAUUGGCCAUUCAAAGACAAUGCAUGCUUGUUGGUGAGAAACAGAGUGCUGCUGUGCCCUUCGGAUUUGGAUUUUCUAUUUGAUUAUAAAAAAUCAUUUGUUUUGUUUAGGUCAUGAAGAAAGCACUGAACUAAAUUCUCCAUUUAUUUUGUAUUAUUUGAUGGUGGAUUUGUCAAUGUUCAGAUGAAUAGAGUUCGCCCCCAAGUUGUGGCGCCUUUACUUGGAAAAUAGCAUCAUGCCUUUUGUAGCCACCCAGCCUUACCAUUAUUGCUGGUUUGUCAAAUAAUGAAGUUUUACAUAUUCCUUUUAUACACUUCUAUAACUUCCAAGUACAAUCAAUAUUUUAACA